AUGAUCCCAUUAUUCUGUGUCACUUUCUAUUGUUACCCUUACGGCCCCGGGGCCCUGACGCCAUCUGGUUUCGACCUGACAUAUAUCAAAACCAGAAACACCGGCACCGGCAAGGUGGAUGUUAACCUAGCCUCACGCAGAUCCAACUAUGAAACCUCCACACUGGAAGUCGGCACAACCUUCUCACCUGAAGACAACGGGGUUCGGCAGCUCAUCGACGCCGACAGAGACGAUCACGAAGAUCUGAUGUACAUCAAGACUCGAAAUACGGGUACCGGCGGUGUUGAGGUGCACGUUGCCUCAGCAGCAUCGGUUGACCCAGUGUUCUUGUUCUUCUGCAGCUCUGUGUUGCUACCACACUCAGCAGAUUUCAACAGAUGA